AUGGACAAGGAAUGGACAAAAUUGGCUAGAGAGAGUAAAGAGUAUCAAAAUGGUGUCGAUUUUUUCCUAGAUUAUGCAUACACCAAAGGAAAACCUUGUGGAAAAGAGAUUUCGUGUCCAUGUGCUGAAUGUUACAACACCAAUUGGUUCACAAGGAAGGUAGUACGAAAUCAUUUAAUAGCAUUAGGAUUUCAAAAAGGAUAUGAUUUUUGGGUUCGUCAUGGUGAAGAGAUAAGAAAACCCAAUGAUCUUAAUGAUGAUCAUGUGAAUGAUGAAGAGGAUCAAAUUGAUGAACUACUUUUUGAAAGAUUUAGAGAUAUUAUACAAGAAGAAUGUGAAUUUAAUGAAGGCCUCAACGAAUAUGCAAAAAAGUUUUAUAAUCUAGUUGAAGAAGCCAAACAAGAGUUAUAUCCGGGUUGCAAAAACUUCUCAAAAUUGUCGUUCACAAUUCGGCUACAUUUAUUGAAGUGUUUGUAUGGUUGGAGCAAUGAAUCAUUUAAUGCUCUCUUAGAAUUGUUGAAAGAAGAUAUGCCUUCACUGAACAUCCCCGAUACGUUCAAUAAAACUAAAGGCAUGAUAAAGGACUUAGGGCUGGAUUAUAAAAAGAUCGAUGCUUGCCCUAAUGAUUGCAUGAUCUAUUGGAAAAAUUAUGAGAAUGAAACAUGUUGCCAUGUUUGCGGUGCUCCACGUUGGAAGGAAAUUGCCGAAGGAAACCAUCAAGUUGGAAUAAAUCAUGAAUCUUAUAAAGUUUCAGCUAAAAUAUUAAGACAUUUUCCCUUGAUUCCUAGACUUCAAAGGUUGUUUAUGUGUUCAAAGACGGCUAGCUCAUUAACGUGGCAUGAAGAAGAGCGUUCGAAAGAUGGGAAGUUGAGGCAUCCUGCAGAUGAGGAAGCAUGGAAAGAAUUUGAUAAACGCCAUCUAGACUUUGCUUUAGACUCACGUAAUAUAAGACUUGGAUUAUCCAGCGACGGAUUUAAUCCCUUUAGAACUAUGAAUGUGUCUCAUAGUACAUGGCCUGUGUUAUUAGUACCAUAUAACUUUCCACCUUGGUGUUGCAUGAAGGCUGAGUAUUCUAUGUUGUCUUUAUUAAUACCUGGACCACAAUCGCCAGGGAAUAAUAUUGAUGUGUACCUUCAACCAUUGAUUGAAGAGCUAAAGGUGUUAUGGGAUUUGGGAGUAGAAACAUAUGAUGCAUCACUAAAGCAAACAUUCCAAAUGCGAGCAAGUCUCUUGUGGACUAUUAGUGACUUUCCUGGAAAACAAGCUAGAGAAAACUCUCAGGAUAAGAGGAAAUGCAUCCACCAAAGGAUACCACUAGAGGAUACCACCAGAUGA